UCUAUAUAACCUUUUGAUUCUCCCCUUUCCCUUUUCCCUCUCCUCCAAUUUCCUCACCUCUCUCUCUCUUAACAUCUUUUCAAUUAGAUCAUCGACCGACCAAAGAAGAAACAAGUUAAAAAAUCAGAUCUUUUAACAUGGAUCCGUCCUCUGCAAACUCAGUGAACGGAUACUACUCGUUUCUAAACAGAUCAAUGGAUGAUCUCGAGAGGGUUUACCUCUCAAACAACUUCAUGUCCGUACAGUUUUUGCAGAGAGCUCUCUGUCUCCUCCGCACCUCUCACUCGCAUCUCACUCUCCUCGUUCAGAAACUUAACCUCCCUGUCGGAGACAAAUGGCUCGAUGAGUAUAUGGACGAAAGCUCCAAGCUUUGGGAAGCUUGUCUCGUCAUCAAGUCCGCCGUUUCCUCCAUAGAAAACUUCUCCUCCGCCGGAAUUUCAAUCGCCUCCACCCUCGACGGCCACUAUCACCACCGUCGUCUCUCCACUCAGGUGUCUCGCCAGGUGAUAAGAGCGAUCACAGGGUGCAGGAGAGAGGCGAUUGGGAUAGAGGCAGAGAACAGAGCUUUGAUGGAGAAUCGAGUUCAGAGGUUUCCGUUUUGGUCGGAGCAGUCGGCGGCGACGGUGAUGGAGUCGUCGACGAAGUUACAGAACGGGUUCAGUGGUUUCCGCGGCGUACUCUACGCGACGAGGAACAUGAGCUCGCUUCUACUCAUGGUGUUGAUGAACGGUCUCGUCUACUGUGUUCCCAGCGACGCAACCCUUUCGCAGACGCAAACGCAGACGCAGAAUCAGGUCAGCGGCUUCGCCGGAGCGAUGGGGAGGUUGCAGCAGAGAGUUGCGGCUGAGGUGGGGAGAACGGGGAUGAGGAAGGGGAUACUGAUGCAUGAGUAUAGGAGGAGCAAGGCGGCGUUGGAAGAGCUUAAGGCGGAGCUUGAGCGGAGAGGAGGAGGAGGAGGGGAAAGCGAGGAGGAGGAGGGAGAGAGGGAGUUUAGAGAGAGAGUGGAGAAUCUGAAAGGGUAUUUUGGUAAUUUGAGGAAUGGGACAGAGAGUAUAGUGUCGCAAAUCGAUGAUUUCUUUGAUGAAAUUGUUGAAGGAAGAAAAAAGCUUUUGGAUUUCUGCAGCCAUAGAUGAGAAUAUCAAACGCUGACAUUUUUCACUUUCAUAAAGAUGAAAAAAAAAAAAAAAGAAAAAAUUUGGGUAGACUCUAGGCUUAGACGAAUCAUUCGGUAGGAGUUGUUGUAACUUUUUUUUUUUUUUUGUUAUGAAAAGAAAAUGUUAAUUCGUCAAUCUGCUCUACUUUAGUAUUUUGAUGUUUAUUUUUAUAAUUCUAGAAAUGGAGUUUAUUCUCUGAA